UUUCAGUUUCACAAUCGUGAAAUCCUCAAAUUGUAAUUGUGAUAACGAUCAAAUUUAUUUGAUUCAUUUUAUUUGUGAACUUAACGACUGGGUUUGUUUGAUCAUCUGCUGAAUAUUACAGUUUCGAGACUGUGAUGACAUUUAAAGGGCGUAAAGUCUUGGCAGUUGUUACUGGUGCAAGCCGUGGUAUUGGUCGAGAAACAGUCUUACAACUAUCAAAAAUUGUUGCCAAAGGAUCCGCAUUCCUAAUCACUGCAAGGACAUCUUCUAAACUUGAAGAAUUAAAAGAAGAAAUUAAGUCUAGGUUUAUUGAAUUUUUGCUUCUUCUCUUAUUGAUUAAUGAUUACUUCCUAAUAUUUAUCAGUUAUGGUCACUACAAUCAAUUUAUUUUUUUAUCAUUUCAAAAAUCUAUGUAGUGUCGAAGGAAUUGAUAUUUAUGUCUUGGCAUGUGAUGCGGAAAAAUUGAAUUCAGGCAAAAUUCUGGAAUUGCACGGAGCAAUCUCAUCCAUGAUAGCAAAUUCAAGAACAUAUGAUGCAUUGCUAUUGGUGCAUAAUGCCGGAACAGUUGGUGAUGUCACCAAACGAAGUGUAGAAAUUAACAGUUCCGAUGAUUGGCAUAGCUACUUGCAAAUUAACUUUGUUUCAAUGGUACUUAUAAAUAAUUCAGUGUUGAGUGCUAUUCCUGAACGGAUAGCUCCUGCUCGUUAUAUUUUAAAUGUAACAUCACUACUAGCUAUAAAAGCAUUUCCUUCUAUGGUUCAGUAUUCUGUUGGAAAAGCUGCUCGUGAAGCAUUCUUUCGAACAUUAGCAGUUGAGGAAUGUAAUUUACGAAUUUUGAAUUACUCACCUGGUCCAGUACAAACUGAUAUGCACAAUGAAAUUGCUAGAAGAUCAUAUGAUGAAGAUAUAAGGAAAUCAUUUCAAGCGCAAGCUGAUAGCACUGAGGUGAACAGACGAACGCUUUCACCGAAAGAAACAGUGGGAAAAAUGUUAUCAUUAUUGGAAGAGGACAAAUUUGAAAAUGGCUCACGAUAUGACUUCUUUGAUUCAUGAUUUAUAUUUGUAAAAAUUUUCUCA